CAAUCUCACCGAACGCAGCCAGGAAGGAACUUUGUAUGUGGGCGAUUCUUUGCCGUUUUGGAUAAUCUUCACGACUUUGCCUGACAAACCCUUUGCCGUUUUUGUCCUCUUUACAGGCUGAGAGUACUAUUCUCCAUCUUUCCUUCAAAACCCUAAUUGCCAUCCUAAUCCCAAUCUCCAGCUUUGAUCUCCUCUCAUCAGAUCGGCUUCGCUGCUACUCAGGGAUAAUGUCUUUUGCGCAAAAUUUUCAGCGGGAAGGACGUACGUUUCAUGGUGGUUAUUGGUCCACAUUUGAUGGAAAUAACUAUAACAGAACUAAUAGGAAAAGAAGCAGGCACAAUUAUUUUCAUAAGAAUUGUGACAAUGACUCCACGGCAAAAUUUGGGGAGCAUGAUGGCAGCUCCAAGUUUUACAACGUGGAUCAUGCUAACUAUAUGAAGUAUGAUGCUGUCCCAUCAUCUUUGAAAAGAAGAAAAUAUUCAGUUUCUACUUGGGAUGAAAGCUGGAGAUACUGUCUUCCACCCCCUACCCAUGAUAAUGCCCCUUCAGCACAUAGUUUUCGACUUCCUCUUAUGAGAUAUAAUGCUGAUACCUCUACAUCAGCUUGCUGCAAGCGUGAUAUCUCUAGGUUUGAAGAUGAUGAACCCAUCUUUAUGUCAAGGGAUGAGAUUGAUAGAUGUUCUCCAUCAAGAAAAGAUGGUAUUGAUGUACUUCACGAGACACACUUGCGUUACUCUUACUGUGCUUUUCUUCAGAAUCUUGGAAUGCGGCUUGAAUUGCCGCAAGCUACUGUUGGAACAGCUAUGGUCCUGUGCCACAGAUUUUUUGUUCGAAGGUCACAUGCUUGCCAUGACAGAUUUUUGAUUGCUACUGCUUCUCUUUUUCUGGCCGCAAAGUCUGAGGAAACACCGCGCCCAUUGAAUAAUGUAUUGCGGGUCUCCAGUGAAAUCCUUCACAAGCAAGAUUUUACUUUGCUGUCCUAUCGGCUUCCUGUUGACUGGUUUGAACAGUAUCGUGAACGAGUGCUUCAGGCUGAGCAGUUGAUAUUGACUACUCUUAACUUUGAGCUUAAUGUACAGCAUCCAUUUGCUCCUCUUACAUCUGUUCUUAACAAGUUAGGUUUAUCACAUGCUGUCUUGGUGAAUCUGGCAUUAAAUUUGGUUAGUGAAGGGGUCUUCACAAGAUUAGCAUGCUGGCCUGUUUGAUAAAUCUUAGCUGGCGGAUUGAUAUGCUCCUCAUGGAAUCUUUUGUUUUUACGUCUGAAGUUGAACUGCUGAUGUCUAGUGGAUUGCUUUACCCUGAAAAUGCCCCAUCGACUUUUUUUUGGGUUGCCCAAAAUUGGCACAAGACACCCAACCCAGAUUUACCAUCUAGGCCAAGCUUUUAUGCUGGUGACCUUUUGUCAUAUGGCUCACCGUUGCUCAUUUUAUAACAAGGGUGCAAAGAAGGUCAUGAACUCUGAACCAUGCUGGGAAUGGGCUGAAUGAGUGAUCUAAAAGUUAAAAAUCAACACAAGGGAAUAAACUUUUCUGAAAUUUGGAAGCAUAGUGGGUCCUUUUUUGUUGUUGUUAUUAUUAUUAUUAUUUUUUUUUUAAUUACAUAGGGCAAGCAAGUGCUUGAGCAGUUGAGCUAACAGUGGGAUAUCACCAAGGAUGGGUUAUAUGCUGCUUGGCCACGAGUUCAUUGAUGGGUCUUCUAUUUUCAUGAUUUAAUAAAAUUUUAACAAAUAUAUAUUUAAGAAUAUCGUAGUUGAAUUUGGAGACAAAUUGACUCUUUAGUCCUGAAACAAUAUCAUAGCCAGGCAUGGGAGUGUUUCAACUGGGUCCAAUUUACUUAAUUGAUCCAAAAGAAAAUUGUUUCUGGGUGGGGUUCUACAGAAUUUUUUUUUGGGGGAAUAUUUCACAAUGUGAGUGGAGUGGUAUAGUUGUUUUUAAGAUGGUUCUUGGGUUCUUAUUCUAGAUGUUAGCAUCUGAGGGCUUCAAUUUGGUUCUAGUUUUAACCUUUUUUCCAUCGUAUCAAUGUGCUGUUAAUGCACACUUUUGGUAAUCCUGUGUGAAAGGGAUUCCCUUUCUUUUGUUUAUUUGCAAUGUCUAUUUUGUCCUUGUAAUCAUCAUUAAACAGUUUUUGUUCAUAUUUAUUAUUCUUGAAAGGAUGUUAGGGCGACUUAUCAUCCUCAAAAUCAUUUUCUCUCUCUUCAUUUUGUAUUCCUUCACUUCUCAUUUUGGGUAUCAAGAUCAGGUUAGUUAUUUAAUGACUUAAAAUUGUAACUCGAAGUCUGUCCAUUCAGUCACAUUAUUGAAUUUGUAUCUCAUGCUUCUUCAACUUUGAAUUUAUUGUCAUUGGUAUAUAUCUAUGCCCAAAAAUUUAGCAGCAGAACAAAGUUUUUUGGACCAAUAUGGAAUAUAUACCUAUAGAUAUAUUAGACAUAUGUUGAUACGUACUUUAUGAACCGAAAUAAGGUUUUUAUUUGUCUUGUUAUCACAAGCACGUUGCCCAGUGUGUAUUUGACACUUGAAACAUGAGAUUUUGAAAACCUGGGUAUAUGGCAGUGCUGUUGUCAUGCAACAGUAGAGUGCCUGUUAGUUUGCUGUAAAUUUGUGACGCUUAUUUGAAAUUUUCUUGUCAUAUUUGUUGUCUCAUUGCUUUACAUUGUUUUCAUCUUCUAUAGCAUCUUGAUUACCUGAGUAAAAGGAUUUUUAACUUGGGUAGAUCAUUUAUAAAAGAAAGCUUUCAUUGUUGUGAGUAAACUAUGCAAAUGUAUACAUGAAUUGGAGUCUUUGGUUCGUCAAGGGGUUGAGAAAGGGAUAACUUUUUCUUUCCCCUUUUGGAUUAUAUGAUAAUGAUAAUAAUUUUGAUCUUGGUUCACAUUGUUCUGCACUGAGUGCUGUUAAACUUAUAAUCCAGUCCAUCUUUGUCUCGUACUCUUUAGAAGAAGAUUGUUGUCUUUUGUUCUUAUCUAGACCUCUCUGGUCCCUCAAAGAAGAGAGAAAAAAGAAAGGGUGGGCCUUUAGUGCAGUGCAGUCUAGGUACCUUCUUGCAAGCUACAAAAAUACACUUGCUCACAGGAGAAAGUUGGAGUGUUUGUCUUCACCAAAAGGACGGUGGGGUUUUUUUUUUUUUUUUUUUUUUGGGGGGGGGGGUUAAAAUCUGUGCCAGUUUUGUACAGGCAAACUUAUGUUUUGCAUAAUGUCUCUCUUGUCCACAUCAAUGAAGCUCCUGGCCAUUUAGAAGCAAACUGUUGUGUCCAGCACUCAUCAACAAACUUACUACUAUUGUAUAUUGAUUGUUCUUUUGGGCAAGGAUAAUCCAAAACUUAAUAUAUUUAAUGCUGGGUAUCAUGUAAUGAUGCCCAAAGUUUCAGCAUUUAUCCACUAUCUGGAUAUUAUUCUGUAAUUUGGAAUUAGAUGCAUCUGUUAUGAGAAUUCCGAUAUGCAUGUUAGCAAGCC